AUGCUGAUGGAAGUGGAUGAGUCGAGCACAGCAUCACUAAUCGAACGUGACACAACCUUCCUGGGGCAUUCGGAAGAGCGUUUCCGAUCGAGUGGAGGACUUGACGAGGCCAAGACGUCUGUGCAGCGUGAGUCCAUCCGGGGACUGCAGGCAUUUGAGAAGCCGGGGGCGGUUUUUGCGGAGAAGUCUGCCUCUUUGAUCGAAUGCGAGCUCGAAGGAAGAUCCGGUGGCCGAAUUCUGCCAUUCGGUCUCUUUUCGGCCCUUCUGGCAUCGGGAAUGUGCGUCCACUUCUUGGACGACAUCAGUGCCGGUAAAGAUGAUGUUUUUGAGACACAUCGCGUAUGUUCCUCCACUGUCGGCCAAGAGAUGAGGGAGAUGGGUCUGGGUGCCAAUGCUGAGCGGCAAUGGGGAGGAUGUGGAGGAAAUGUGGUGUUUACAGACUGUGGAGCGGAGUCUUUGGACAUAUCGGAUAGAUUGAGCAUGAGUUCUCGCCUGCAGCUUGAAGACGAAGGCGUUGGAGGUCAAGGUGAGGUUAAAGCUGUCGAUUGUGAGGAGAUGGGUUGGGAUGCAACCCCAGGCGAUGUCGGCGCCUUCCAAAUCCCACUGCCUCUCUCCAGUUCAACCACACCCUCCGCAUCAACCUCGUGCGGUUUCGCCGCCCCGUGGACCUCAAAGACCGCUUCGUCGACCCCCAGCUCAGCCCUGGGCUUGGUCUCAAUGGGCAACUCUGGCUUGUUGAACCAUUCUGGCUGA